GAGAUAAAGAGAGAGAGAGAGAGAGAUAGAGAGGACUGAGUAAAUGUUGUGUUGCUCUAUAUGUGAUAGUCAUCCUGAUCUAAUUGAGGUCUGGAUUCUCCCUAUGCUUGUUCCUAUUAUAGAGAGUGAGAGAGAGUGUGUGUCUGUGAAAAAGUGAGUGAGAAAGAGAGAGAGAGAGAGAGAGAGAGAGAGAGAGAGAAAGAGAGAGAGGGAACGAGAGUUGAAUCAAGUAUGUAUAUGUGGUCGAGGUGAGGGAAGCUGCUGUUGGGAGUUCCUGAAGGGGCCUGAUCUCAAACACACUGAAUUAUUCUUCUGCAUUUGCUUUCUCAUACUCUUCAGUGUCCUUUUUUUGUCUUACCUUUUUACAACCAUUAUUGUGCCAGAUGAAAAUGUCAAAGGGAGGAGAUGCACUGACAAAUGGUUCAGACAGAUCUGAUCUGUCAGUGGCUCUGGAGGACUGUAUGGCAGCGCUGGAUUUAUUCCUGCAUAAUGACUUUGACAGGGCACUGUCUAGACUCAGGAGCAGGAAUAAAGAGAGCAUGUAUCAUGCACUGACAUAUGCCACAAUUCUGGAAAUGCAGGCAAUGAUGACCUUUGACCCAGAGGACAUCUUGUCAGCAGGAAACACCAUGAAAGAUGCUCAGGCUAUUUGUCAGCGAUUCCGUAAGAAGUCCUCCUUUAACAGCAAAGCAAUUACAGAAGAGGAGCUGCAUGCCGAAGUGUGUUAUGCUGAGUGCCUUCUCCAGAGGGCAGCACUAACCUUCUUACAGGAUGAAAAUAUGAUCAGCUUUAUCAAAGGAGGAAUUAAAGUGAGGAACAGCUAUCAAACAUACAAAGAGCUGCAUACAGUUCUGAAAUCCCCUGAUUAUGUUCACGGUCAAAGUCAUGGCCACUUUGAAGGAGGAGUGAAACUUGGAGUGGGUGCAUUUAAUCUGAUGCUUUCCCUGUUGCCCACAAGAACUUUGAGGAUGUUGGAGUUUGUGGGUUUCUCUGGUAAUAAGGAAUUUGGACUGCAGCAGCUCCAAGAGGGCUCUGCUGAGCACACGUUUAGGUCUUUCCUGUGUAACAUGCUGCUGCUUUGCUAUCACACCUUCAUGAGCUUCAUACUGGGGACUGGAGAAGGUGACGUCAAAGAUGCAGAGAAACUGCUACAGCCGUACUUUAAACAGUAUCCUAAGGGAUCUAUAUUCUUGUUCUUCGCUGGUCGAAUAGAAGAAAUCAAAGGCAAUAUAGAUGCUGCUAUUAAAUACUUUGAGGAGUGUUGUGAGGCCCAGCAGGACUGGAAGCAGUUUCAUCACAUGUGCUACUGGGAGCUGAUGUGGUGUUUUACCUAUAAGCAACAAUGGAAGAUGGCCUACUUCUAUGCAGAUUUGCUCAGCAAAGAGAGUGCAUGGUCGAAGGCCAUGUAUGCAUAUAUGAAAGCUGCCUACCUCAGCAUGCUGAGUACAGAGGAACGACAGCCAUUUGGGACAACUGAAGUGGCUUUAUUUAGGCAAGUCCCUGGGUUAAAACAGAAAAUAGCUGGAAAGUCUCUACCCACGGAGAAGUUUGCCAUCCGCAAGGCUCGCCGCUAUAAUGUAGACAACCCCGUUUCUCUCCCAGCACCUCCACUGGAGAUGAUGUAUAUCUGGAAUGGCUACACGGUGAUUGGAAAGCACAAAGACUUGACAGAGGGCAUGUUAAAAACGCUGAAUGAAGCUCAGCAGAAACUUGAACAGAAUCCAAGGACAGAGUUCUCCAUAGAUGACCAAUGUGUGCUAAGUCUGCUGAAGGGUCUGUGUCUCAAGCACUUGGGCUAUAAAGAAGAAGCUGAGCAUUACUUCACUCUCGUCCUCUGCAAUGAAACACAGAUCAAGUUUGACCACUACCUUGUACCAAAUGCUCUUUUGGAACACGGCCUGUUGUGUCUGGAGCAGGGAAAGAGAGAUGAAGCCAUUAAACUACUGGAGAUGGCCAAGCAAAACUAUAAAAACUACUCAAUGGAGUCACGGACUCAUUUCCGGAUCCAGGCGGCGCUUCACAAAGCACAAGCCACAGAGGAGAAUGGGGAAUCUUGCUCGCCCGCAAGCCCUUAACGUCCACGGUAACACAGGGUCAACAUAUGCCAUACUCAGGCCUAAAGAGCUGUUUGGAGGCUGCACAGGUGCAGAAAUACACACAACAGAUAAACAGGAAUGAGGAUCUAAGGAGAGAAAGCUCAAUCUCUUUCACUCACUCAUAUGCAUUAAUUGUAACACACAAAAUGCAUUUCUAUAUAUCAGAAAUAGUAAUACAAUACAUGGAAUCACAGAUGCAUGCAGUGUGAAGCAACAAGCCAGCUCUGAAUAAGACGCGAAACAUUGUGCUGAUACAGAAACACUUGUGCCCGAAGUCUUUUUUUGAUUUUAUUUUUUUUGGAGUGAGUGAGUUUUACCUCAUUUUAGCAGGUUUUGUUUCAAUACAGGCUUUGCUCUCUGAGUCUACACUGUAGUCACUUUGUGACCUCAAAAAUCAGGAUAUGUUUGUUCAAUCAGUCAAAGGCCACUGUACAUGGAACACCUGUAUACCUUAUAAUUCUUUAAUUAUCCACUCAGCUAAUUAUGUUGCAACUGCGCAAUGCAGGAUACAAUCAUGUGCAUGCAGGUUAAGUGCUACGGUUAGUGUUUAUGUCAAAUAACAUGCUUUUCUGCUUGCCAUCUUUGAAAAACAAUAUUAUUUGUGUUACCAUAGACUUCCGGCCAGCUCAAACUAAUCUGAUUGUGUUCCCCUCACACCUCUCAGUAAUAUAAUGUUUUUGUCCAAAAAUCUGAUGCUCACUAGAUGUUUUUUUUUUGGGAGUUUACUGUAGUGUAAGAAAAUUCUAGGAAACCUACGAAUUCCAGAACCAGUCCCUUUGGCUCCAACAACACCACAGUGAAAGUCACAAAAAUUAUACUUAUUCCCUAUUUUGGUGUUUAAUGUGACCAUUAUCUAAAGCUUUUGACAGGAAGGAUUUGUGUGCAUUGCACUGCUGUCGCAUGAUUGUUUGGGAAUUGGCCUGAAUGGGAAGUGUACAGGGUUUCCUAACAAAGUGGUUUCUGAGUUUGGGUAGCUAAAAUUGUUUUCCUCUGUGAGCAUUACCCACAAGUAAACAAGUAAAGAGACAAAAUGACCAUCUGAAUCAGAAACGAUUAUAUUGAUUAAUUACUUAUCUAAAAAUAAAUUAAAAGCUUAACAGUAAAAUGAAUCGAUUUGUUAGCAUCCAAACCCUCAACUCAUUUACCAACAAAAAAAAAUAAUUAGAAGAUAUUAGAAAUUAUGCUUCUUUUUUUUUUUUACAAUAGAAAUAUAGUAUAAUACUUUUACUGUUUAUUAUUGUCACACAGUAACUCGGUUAAUAAAAUAUUCGAACUAUUUACAAAAUACUCUAAUCAAACUGUAACAAUGUGUCAUUACUGAAAACUGCAAUGAAUAUAGUAAGCUUCAUUAUUUCUAACAGAGCUGCCAAAACAACAUUUUUGACUGAUUUAUAUAAAACUGUAAUUUUCCUGGUUUCCAACUAUUUAAGUAGAUGUAAAUGUGUUGAAUAAAUGAUUACUAAAAUCCAAAUUCUUUUCUUUUUUGGUAUUAAAUUUCAUUCAUACAUUUGAUAUUAUUGUUUGCUUGUUGGACUUUUGUUUAAAACUUGAUUGAUGAGUAUUUAUUCUGUAAUUCCUAAAAGAAACAUAACAAUAUUUUAUUAUUAUUUUAUUUCACUAAUAUAAAAACAGAGUAAUUAUAAUAGCGGGCUUGUGUAUGCCAUCUCAUUCUUGUGUAGGCGGCACCUCCAGCACAAGUUACAAACUGUAUGUAAAUGUGAACUUGAGUUUCUGGAUGUUUUUUUGGUGUUUCUUUGAUGUUAUUUCUUUCUAGCAUUAGUUGUCCGUGAUAUUAAGUUUGUGAAAGUGUCCCAGUUCAAUUGGACUGCUGAAUGUGUCUUUUAAAAAGGCAGUCUCCUUCUUGUGGACUUAAUCAAGGCGAAAACAAACGGCAAAGUCUUUCAUAUUGGAGGAUGGCAUACAGGACCUUCUGCUCUAGCCAUUUGUGGGAAAUGCAUUAAAUUCCACUAUAGCCUUAUGCUAAAAACAAAGAUAAAAACUUUAAUUCCUUUUUUUUUUUUUUUAUGAUUGCUCCUAUUUUAAUCAAGAGCCUAAAUCUAUCAAAUGAACACCACGGAAAUGCAGUCUAUAUGAAUGUAUUUCAAUUAGAAAACUGAUAUUUUCAAUAUUUGUCAGAGAAAGGUCUAUUUUUAAACUUUGUGUUUACAUUAGCUGGUUUAUGGAUUAACAUUCUUGUGUUCUCCAAGAGCAAUGUAUUAUUAUUAUUUUUUUGGUGGGGGUGUUCUUUUGCCCUUGUUAUUCAUACACUUAAAGCCAAGCCAAACUAAACAAUAAGUCUUACAGUUGUAGUAGAUCUGUUUCUGUUAAUAUUUACAUUAUUUAUACUUAGCUCUCUCUUGUUGUAUUUAGUGUCAGUGUGGAGAUUAAGAUAAAGAAAUACUUUAUUAUUUUUUUUUUUAUAUGAAGGACUUCAAUCAAUGUACAGUAAAACUACUGAAAUUCAUAUUUCAUCAAAGGUGGUGGAAAAGAAAUUUGAAUUAAAGGUGAUUACAUUUACAAUG